CUCGCAACAUCGCUGGCGGAGCGAGGGAGCUCACACGACACAGAUUUUGGGGCAAAGCCUUUCCAUCUGGACAGCACCAUGUCCACCAAAGCGGAGCAGUUUGCUUCCAAGAUCCGGUACUUACAGGAAUAUCAUAACCGGGUUCUCCACAACAUUUAUCCUGUACCUUCGGGAACAGAUAUUGCAAACACCCUGAAAUACUUUUCUCAGACCUUGUUAAGCAUUUUGUCCCGCACAGGGAAGAAGGAAAACCAAGAUGCCUCCAAUUUGACAGUGCCCAUGACCAUGUGUCUUUUUCCUGUGCCAUUCCCACUCACCCCAUCUCUAAGACCGCAGGUCAGUUCCAUCAACCCUACUGUUACUCGCUCCCUCCUUUACAGCGUCCUGCGAGAUGCUCCCUCUGAACGUGGCCUGCAAAGUCGUGAUGCUCACUUGUCAGACUACCCUUCUUUGGACUAUCAAGGCCUCUACGUGACUUUGGUGACUCUCCUGGAUCUAGUUCCUUUACUACAGCAUGGCCAACAUGAUCUUGGACAGUCGAUAUUUUAUACAACUACAUGUUUGCUACCCUUUCUCAAUGAUGAUAUUCUGAGUACUUUGCCCUACACGAUGAUAUCAACGUUAGCUACCUUCCCUCCAUUCCUGCACAAGGAUAUCAUUGAGUAUCUUAGCACAUCUUUUCUACCAAUGGCUAUAUUGGGUUCCUCAAGGAGAGAAGGCGUGCCUGCUCAUGUUAACCUCUCUGCGUCAUCCAUGCUAAUGAUUGCGAUGCAGUACACAUCCAACCCAGUGUAUCAUUGUCAGUUAUUGGAAUGUCUCAUGAAAUAUAAGCAGGAGGUCUGGAAAGAUCUUUUGUACGUGAUAGCCUAUGGGCCUUCACCGGUGAAACCUCCAGCUGUGCAAAUGCUAUUCCAUUACUGGCCCAAUUUAAAGCCUCCUGGGGCAAUAAGUGAAUACAGGGGCUUACAAUACACAGCUUGGAAUCCCAUCCAUUGCCAGCACACUGAAUGCCACAACGCAAUCAACAAGCCUGCUGUGAAGAUGUGUAUAGACCCUUCCCUGUCAGUAGCUUUGGGUGAUAAACCACCCCCAUUGUAUCUCUGUGAAGAAUGCAGCCAGAGGAUUGCAGGGGACCACAGUGAAUGGUUGAUUGAUGUACUUCUGCCACAAGCUGAAAUAUCUGCUAUAUGUCAGAAGAAGAACUGCAGUUCCCAUGUUAGAAGAGCAGUUGUCACCUGCUUUUCAGCAGGGUGCUGUGGUCGUCAUGGAAACAGGCCUGUGCGGUACUGCAAAAGAUGCCACUCGAAUCAUCACAGUAAUGAAGUGGGGGCCGCCUCAGAGACCCACCUCUAUCAGACCUCCCCUCCACCCAUCAACACUCGGGAGUGUGGUGCCGAGGAGCUUGUGUGUGCUGUGGAGGCUGUGAUUAGCUUGUUGAAAGAAGCUGAGUUCCAUGCUGAGCAGCGGGAGCAUGAGCUGAACCGCCGGCGGCAGCUGGGCCUCUCCUCUUCGCACCAUUCUCUGGAUAACACUGACUUUGAUAACAAGGAUGAUGAUAAACAUGACCAGCGGCUACUCAGUCAAUUUGGAAUAUGGUUCUUAGUAAGCCUCUGCACGCCCAGCGAGAACACGCCUACGGAAAGCCUGGCCAGGCUGGUGGCCAUGGUGUUUCAGUGGUUCCACUCCACCGCAUACAUGAUGGAUGAUGAAGUCGGAAGUUUGGUGGAAAAACUGAAGCCUCAGUUUGUCACCAAGUGGUUGAAGACAGUGUGUGAUGUCCGCUUUGAUGUCAUGGUCAUGUGCCUCCUUCCCAAACCAGUGGAAUUCGCCAGGCGGAUCGUAGGCUUCAGAUGUACAGCUGGCACCACCCCGUAUCUCUUGAAUACAAUCAAAAUGUUUGACAUUGAACUCUGUCCUCUACCUUUUUCAAUGGAAGAGAUGUUUGGCUUUAUUAGUUGUCGGUUCACAGGAUACCCUUCCUCUGUGCAGGAACAAGCUUUACUCUGGCUUCAUGUGUUAUCGGAAUUAGACAUCAUGGUUCCACUUCAACUAUUAAUAAGUAUGUUUUCUGAUGGGGUUAAUUCUGUCAAAGAACUGGCAAAUCAAAGAAAAUCAAGAGUCAGUGAACUGGCAGGGAACCUUCCAGCUCGAAGGGUGAGUGUUGCCUCUGAUCCUGGUCGACGAAUUCAGCACAAUAUGCUGAGCCCAUUUCAUAGUCCUUUUCAGAGCCCAUUUCGGAGUCCUAUGCGUAGUCCAUUUCGUAGCCCUUUCAAGAAUUUUGGACACCCAGGAGGAAGGACUAUUGACUUUGAUUGUGAAGAUGAUGAAAUGAAUCUAAAUUGUUUCAUCCUCAUGUUUGAUCUUCUCCUGAAGCAGAUGGAGUUACAAGAUGAUGGGAUCGCCAUGGGUUUAGAGCACAGCUUAUCAAAGGACAUUAUUUCCAUUAUAAACAAUGUCUUCCAAGCCCCCUGGGGGGGCUCUCACACCUGCCAGAAGGAAGAAAAAGCAAUUGAGUGUAACUUAUGUCAGUCUAGUAUUCUCUGCUAUCAGCUUGCUUGUGAACUUCUGGAGAGACUGGCUCCCAAAGAAGAAAGCCGGCUGGUGGAGCCCACAGACAGCCUUGAAGAUAGCCUCCUUUCUUCCAGACCAGAGUUUAUUAUAGGCCCUGAAGGUGAGGAGGAAGAGAAUCCAGCAGCCAAGCACGGGGAGAACCCAGGCCACCGCACUGAGCCCACGGAACAUGCUGCAAUAAAGAAUGAUACGGAAAGGAAGUUUUGCUAUCAACAGCUUCCAGUAACUUUGAGACUAAUAUACACCAUUUUCCAGGAAAUGGCCAAGUUUGAAGAGCCAGACAUUCUUUUUAAUAUGCUCAAUUGCCUGAAGAUUCUCUGUCUACAUGGAGAGUGUUUAUACAUUGCUAGAAAAGAUCAUCCUCAAUUUUUAGCCUAUAUUCAGGAUCAUAUGUUGAUUGCAAGCCUGUGGAGAGUUGUCAAGUCCGAGUUCUCCCAGCUAUCUUCAUUGGCAGUUCCUCUCCUUCUCCAUGCUCUGUCACUUCCUCAUGGUGCUGACAUCUUCUGGACAAUCAUAAACGGCAAUUUCAACAGCAAAGACUGGAAGAUGAGGUUUGAAGCAGUGGAAAAAGUUGCUGUAAUUUGUAGAUUUCUGGAUAUUCACUCAGUGACCAAAAACCAUCUACUGAAGUAUUCCCUGGCACAUGCCUUCUGCUGCUUUCUGACAGCUGUGGAGGAUGUCAACCCAGCAGUGGCCACCAGGGCUGGUCUCCUGCUUGACACCAUAAAGAGGCCAGCACUGCAGGGUCUGUGUCUUUGUCUUGACUUCCAGUUUGAUACUGUAGUUAAAGACCGACCCACAAUAUUGAGCAAGCUCCUACUCUUGCAUUUUCUUAAGCAAGAUAUUCCUGCUUUGAGCUGGGAGUUCUUUGUCAACAGAUUUGAGACACUUUCUUUGGAAGCUCAGCUGCAUUUGGAUUGUAACAAAGAAUUUCCUUUUCCUACAACGAUCACCGCUGUGAGGACCAACGUCGCUAACCUCAGUGACGCAGCCUUGUGGAAGAUCAAGCGGGCUCGUUUUGCCAGGAACCGCCAGAAGAGCGUGCGUUCGCUGAGAGACAGUGUGAAAGGGCCGGUGGAAUCCAAGAGGGCGCUUUCCCUCCCUGAGACCCUAACCUCCAAAAUUCGACAACAAUCUCCUGAGAAUGACAACACCAUCAAGGACCUGCUCCCAGAAGAUGCUGGGAUCGACCACCAGACAGUUCACCAGCUGAUUACAGUGCUCAUGAAGUUCAUGGCCAAGGAUGAGAGCAGCGCCGAGUCAGACAUCAGCAGUGCAAAGGCCUUCAACACAGUCAAGCGGCACCUGUACGUCCUACUUGGCUAUGACCAACAGGAAGGUUGCUUCAUGAUUGCACCUCAAAAAAUGCGCCUGUCAACAUGUUUUAAUGCAUUUAUCGCAGGAAUUGCCCAAGUUAUGGAUUAUAACAUUAACUUGGGAAAACACCUUCUUCCCCUGGUGGUUCAGGUGCUCAAAUACUGCUCUUGUCCUCAACUACGGCAUUAUUUCCAGCAACCACCUCGCUGUUCCCUCUGGUCCCUAAAACCGCAUAUCCGGCAGAUGUGGUUGAAGGCCUUGCUUGUCAUUCUUUACAAGUAUCCAUACCGAGACUGUGAUAUCAGCAAGGUCCUGCUGCAUCUGAUUCACAUAACAGUCAAUACACUCAAUGCCCAGUAUCAUAGCUGCAAGCCCCAUGCCACGGCAGGACCUUUGUACAGUGACAACAGUAACAUAAGCAGAUACAGCGAAAAAGAAAAAGAAGAAGAUAGUGUUUUUGAUGAAUCUGAUAUUCAUGAUACACCUACUGGACCCUGCAAUAAAGAGUCUCAAACUUUUUUUGCAAGAUUGAAAAGGAUAGGCGGCAGCAAAAUGGUGAAAUAUCAGCCGGUUGAGAUGAAUGUUCAGAGAAGUGAAAUAGAACUGGCUGAAUAUAGAGAAACGGGUGCAUUACAAGACAGCAUUCUACACUGUGUGAGAGAAGAAAGCAUUCAGAAAAAAAAGCUGCGCUCUUUAAAACAAAAAUCUCUUGAUAUAGGGAAUGCAGACUCCCUCUUGUUUGCACUAGACGAACACCGCAGGAAGUCCUGUGUUGACCGGUGUGACAUAGACAGACCUCCCCUCCAAGCUGCCUAUGUCACGCAAAGACAACAGGACCACGGACGCCCUAGACAGAAUUCUGCUACAAGGCCCGACAAUUCCGAAAUCCCUGAGAACCCAGCUCUGGAAGGUUUCCAAGAAACUCGAAGGCCUGUGAUACCAGAGGUUAGGUUAAACUGCAUGGAGACAUUUGAGGUGAAAGUUGAUUCUCCUAUUAAGCUUGCUCCUAAGGAGGAUUUAGAUCUGAUAGAUUUGUCCUCAGAUUCAACAUCGGGGCCUGAAAAACACUCUGUGCUCUCAACAUCUGACAGUGACUCUCUUGUGUUUGAACCUCUUCCCCCUCUCCGGAUAGUGGAGAGUGACGAGGAGGAGGAGACCAUGGACCAAGGACAGGAUGAUGCGUCUGGUCACCACGCUGCCUCUUCUCCCUCCGUCCCCAGCCACCCUUCUGUCUUCAGCCUGAGCACAACUCCCCUUGUGCAAGUAAGUGUGGAAGACUGUUCCAAAGACUUUUCUUCUAAGGACUCAGGAAAUAAUCAGUCAGCAGGUGACCAGGACUCCACUCUCAUAGCUCUGGAAGACCCCACGGACUCUGAGGAAUUAUCGAAGCCCGAGGAGCUGCAGGAACUUUCCUGUGGCAGCCCUCUCACACUUAAACAAAAACGGGACCUGCUUCAGAAGUCAUUUGCUCUCCCUGAGAUGUCCCUGGACGAUAACGCCGAGCCCAGCAUCCAGGAAGAGAAGCCCAGUGGGCUGAUGCCAAGUUCAGGGGCAAAAGCUGUCCUCCUCCAAGUCCCUGAAGAUGCUGAGAACCCAAUGGAAGGCGAGAAGCCCGAUACCAGUGCUGAAUCGGAUGCAGAGCAGACUCCUGAGAGGAAGGCAGACGAGGAAGGAGCAGAAGGAUCCGAAUUUAAGAUUCAGAUUGUUCCCAGGCAGAGGAAACAGCGGAAGAUUGCUGUCAGUGCCAUCCAGAGAGAGUACCUGGACAUUUCCUUCAACAUUCUAGACAAACUGGGAGAGCAGAAGGACCCAGAUCCCUCUACUAAAGGACUUUCAACUUUGGAAAUGCCACGAGAAUCUUCGUCUGCUCCGACAUUAGAAGCAGGCAUGCCAGAAACAAGUAGCCACUCCUCAAUAACAACUCAGUGUAGGCAGAUGAAAAGGGGAUCCGUGGGAGCGCUGACAAUGAGCCAGUUAAUGAAGCGGCAGCUGGAGCACCAGUCUAGCGCCCCCCAUAACAUCAGCACCUGGGACACUGAACAGAUACAGCCUGGAAAACACCAAUGCAAUGUGCCAAUGUGCCUAAACCCUGACCUGGAGGGACAGCCGUUGAGAAUGAGAGGUGCCACUAAAUCCAGCCUGUUGUCAGCACCCAGCAUCGUCAGUAUGUUUGUUCCAGCACCCGAAGAAUUUGCAGAUGAGCAACCAACAGUAAUGACAGACAAAUGCCACGACUGUGGGGCCAUCCUUGAAGAAUAUGAUGAGGAAACCCUUGGACUGGCCAUUGUGGUCCUCUCCACGUUCAUUCACCUAAGCCCGGACUUGGCGGCCCCACUGUUACUGGAUAUCAUGCAAUCUGUGGGAAGAUUGGCAUCCAGCACUACUUUUUCUAAUCAAGCAGAAAGCAUGAUGGUUCCUGGCAAUGCAGCAGGGGUGGCCAAGCAGUUCCUGCGCUGCGUCUUCCAUCAGCUGGCCCCCAACGGCAUCUUCCCGCAGCUGUUCCAGAGCGCUAUCAAAGAUGGGACUUUUUUACGGACCUUAGCCACUUCUCUGAUGGACUUCAAUGAACUGAGCUCUAUCGCAGCUCUCAGUCAGCUCUUGGAGGGUCUAAAUAACAAAAAGAAUUUACCAGCAGGGGGUGCUAUGAUACGCUGUUUGGAAAACAUUGCCACCUUCAUGGAAGCUUUGCCCAUGGAUUCUCCUAGUAGCCUCUGGACCACAAUUAGCAACCAGUUUCAGACGUUUUUUGCCAAGCUGCCUUGUGUUUUGCCUCUGAAGUGUUCUUUAGAUUCCAGUUUGAGAAUUAUGAUUUGCCUCUUGAAGAUACCCUCCACCAGUGCCACAAGGAGUUUGUUGGAGCCAUUUUCAAAACUGCUCAGCUUUGUCAUUCAGAAUGCUGCCUUCACUUUGGCCUGCCUGGUGGAGGUGUGUGGGCUAUGUUACCGAGCUUUCACUAAGGAGCGGGAUAAGUUCUACUUGUCUCGCAGUGUUGUUCUAGAACUUCUUCAGGCCCUGAAGCUCAAAUCUCCUUUACCAGAUACAAACCUCCUUCUGCUUGUCCAGUUUAUUUGUGCCGAUGCUGGAACCAAACUAGCAGAGUCAACAAUCCUGAGCAAGCAGAUGAUCGCCUCUGUACCUGGAUGCGGGACGGCGGCGAUGGAGUGCGCACGGCAGUAUGUCGGCGAAGUGCUAGAUUUCAUGGCAGACAUGCACACUCUCACCAAACUGAAGAGCCACAUGAAGACAUGUUCCCAGCCUCUGCAUGAAGAUACCUUUGGUGGACAUCUCAAAGUCGGGCUGGCUCAGAUUGCAGCCAUGGAAAUCUCACGGGGCAACCACAGAGAUAACAAGGCUGUGAUUCGCUAUCUGCCUUGGCUCUAUCAUCCCCCUUCUGCAAUGCAACAAGGGCCGAAAGAGUUCAUUGAGUGUGUCUCCCACAUCCGACUGCUGUCCUGGCUGCUUCUGGGCUCCCUCACUCAUAACGCAGUGUGUCCAAAUGCCUCCUCUCCAUGCCUGCCCAUACCUCUGGAUGCAGGUUCUCAUAUUGCAGACCAUCUUAUUGUUAUUCUGAUUGGAUUUCCAGAGCAAUCAAAGACCUCCGUGCUGCACAUGUGUUCCCUCUUCCACGCAUUCAUCUUUGCUCAGCUCUGGACUGUAUACUGCGAACAGAGUGCCGUAGCUACAAAUGUCCAAAGUCAGAAUGAAUUCAGCUUCACAGCGAUCCUGACAGCGCUUGAGUUUUGGAGUAGGGUGACACCCAGCAUCCUUCAGCUGAUGGCCCAUAACAAGGUGAUGGUAGAAAUGGUGUGUCUCCAUGUGAUUAGUUUAAUGGAGGCAUUGCAAGAAUGCAAUUCAACAAUUUUUGUCAAGCUGAUACCUAUGUGGUUGCCAAUGAUUCAGUCAAAUAUCAAGCACUUACCUGCGGGACUGCAGCUUCGCCUCCAGGCCAUUCAGAACAACGUGAACCACCACAGCCUAAGGACGCUGCCUGGCGCAUCCCAGAGCAGUGCCGGCCUGGCGGCCCUCCGCAAAUGGCUGCAGUGUACCCAGUUCAAAAUGGCCCAGGUGGAGAUCCAGUCCUCAGAAGCAGCCUCUCAAUUUUAUCCUCUAUGAGUGGACUCCUCGGCUCUCAGUGUCAACACUCUGGUUUAGCAAUAAUGGGUUUAAAAACAAAA